AUGACCUUUGCACCAGACAAGAUGCGCGACGAAAAGAUCGAAGAAGACGCGAGGCCGGACGAAGAAAUGGCGGCUCAUCUCGGACAUGCACCGCAUCUAACCCGCCAGGUGCUGUGGAAGAUGGACAUCAGGAUACUGCCCGUACUAGCCUUGUUGUUCCUCUGCUCCUUCAUUGAUCGUACCAAUGUGGGCAAUGCCAAAAUCCUUGGCUUGCAAGCCGAUACACACAUGACGGAUCAUGAGUACGCCAUUGGCCUGUGCGCAUUCUAUGCCACGUACAUUGCGAGUGAGCUACCGAGUAAUCUGGUCUUGAAGAAAAUGUCGCCGCGCAUCUGGCUCCCUCUGUUGACUGCUCUCUGGGGAACUCUGACCAUGUGUCUUGGCUUCGUGGAGGGCUUUGGUUCGUUUGUCGCUGUUCGAGCGUUGCUCGGCAUCGCUGAAGGUGGCCUCCUCCCAGGCAUGGUCCUCUAUCUCUCACACUUCUACCGGCGCACGGAGCUUGCUCUCCGCAUCGGCAUCUUCUAUACUGCUGCUUCUCUUUCCGGUGCCUUUGGUGGGCUGCUUGCUCGCGGCUUGAACGCCAUUGGUCACCGGGGCGGCCUUGCCGGUUGGCGGUGGAUCUUUAUCAUCGAGGGUUUACUCACCGUAUUCAUCGGAGCCUUCAGCUACUUUGGCCUUCCAAACUCCAUCGAGGCCGCACGCUUUUUAGAUGCGGAACAAAAAGAACAUGCUCGCCGGCGCUUGGAUGAGGAAAACAGCGCUCACGAACCCUUCUCCUGGAAAGAAGUCAAACGCGGCAUCUUCAACGUGCAAGUUUGGCUUUCCGCCCUCGCUUAUUUCUCCAUUCUCUGUGGCUUGUACUCGUUUGGCCUUUUCCUGCCUACAAUCAUAAACAACUUAAAAUUCGCCAGCGACCCCAAUGAAGCACAGCUUUGGACGGUCAUUCCAUAUGCAGUCGCAGCGGUAUUCACAGUCUUCGUCGCUAUCCUCUCCGACAAGCUUGCACUGCGUGGGCCUGUCAUGCUCUGCUCCUUACCCGUUGCCAUCAUCGGGUACGGUAUCAUCUCGCAGACUACCAAUCCACACGUCCAAUACGGAAUGACCUUCAUGAUGGCUACGGGAAUGUAUGCAUCUGUGCCGUGUAUCCUUUCAUGGAAUAGUAAUAACUCGGCUGGACACUAUAAGCGUGCAACGACUUCGGCGCUACAGUUGAUGAUUGCGAACGCUGGAGGUUUCGUUGCAAGUUUUGUAUACCAGAAGAAGGAGGCUCCUCACUUCCACAAGAGCCACACCAUUAUGCUAGGCCUGCUCUGUGCAGCAUGGAUCUUAAUCGCUGCGAAUACGGCAUGGGUGUGGAAGCUGAACCGUGACAAGGCGAACGGAAGAAAUGCAGCCUGGGAAGGUCAGGGCGAUGACAGAGACCCGCGUUUCAAGAUGGUGUUGUAA